GCUGCUGUCGCCACUGGGUAAGCACAUUUUAUCGCGUCCAACUUUUUGACAUGUGUAUAGCAGCUAUCAGAAAUGCUUUUGUUUGUCAAAGGAGAAAAAAAUGUUUUCCUGACACUCCUACAUGUGCCUGACUCUCUGGAAAGGAUUCAUUCAGUACAGCUGUAAUACCAACAGCAGCUUUGCUAAAAUAAGAGCCCGGUGAUUCCAUGCAGACAGUGUUUCCACAGGUCUCCGUGGGGUUGUGGGGCUUCAGGCCAGCAGAUGGACAUUUGCUCAAGCGUUGAGAGUCUUGUUUAUAUCUUUCCUAUCCAUUUGGCUUGUUUACAUGUGUUUGAACUUACUCUUUUUAUUGUUCCACAGCAUUUUACACACGUGACAAGAGUCUAUUACAGGUCUAUUACAGCAACUCUGAGCUGCAUCACUCCUCCCUUACAGACCAUUACGCAAAAAAAAAAAUCUGACUGGAAAUGCGUUAAACGCUCAUCAUGCUUCAUAAAUCUCGUUGUCUAUCUCCACUGUAGUGGGGAAUAGCUUGGGUUAACUGUUUCCUUCCUCUUUGAAACAGUGAUCAAAUAUAAACACCAUUAAGCCAUACAGCAGGGGGUGUUUUGUAUAGAAUUGGUUUGCUUGAACUUUAUUGCGUCCCUGAGUGCCCCAUUAAGAUACCGUGGAAAGUGCCAUAAUUGCUUUUGAAGAACUCGGUGCAAAUAGUCCGCUGAUAGACUCUAUGGAGGUAAAAGCCUCGUCGUGCUGUACGAUUUGCCUUGGAAUAGGUAAAUUAGGCCUAUCUUAUAGCGGAGGCUCCACAGUGUUGGGUAACGCUUGCAGGCUGUGCAGACACGCUCGGUGCGCACGCGGCGGUUAAUUGAGUUCAGUUUCUCACUCCAGCCUAAUUGGUUUACCACGAGAGCUGAUGUUUAAUGGGGCGAUCGCGAGGCCGCUGAAGGCUAAUGGCCAGCAAACAUGGCGAGAGUGCAGCAGCAGCUCUUGUGUUUGUUGUCGCCAAGGGCCCUUCGUGCUGAGACUGUGGCACAGGCGCGCAAAAUGGUGUUAAAUGAUGCAUUUACGAAAGUAUAAUGGGUACAUUUCAAACGUCAGAAAAGAAAUGGAAAAAAUGGUGACUGUGGAAAUACGGGCUGUGGUGUUUGAGCUUUCCCCCCGAGUUUCCAAGACAACUGUCUCUCCAUCCAGGUCUCUUAUCUCGCAGGUCAACCAAUGUUUGCGCCCAUACAUAUCGAUUUAUCGGCCGCAGUGUGCAGACAAGAGGUAUAUCCAUAUAAAUUGUCGAUUGCUGCUUUGUUUGAGGACAAUCCAACGUGUCCCACAUGAGAAACAUGUUCCUUCCGUGCGCUCUAGAGUAAUACCUCUAAGUGGAGGCAGGGUCCCGCUGAUUCACCCGUUCACUCCUGUGGCGCAGCUGUGUGCGCAGACACGGUUGGACGCCAGGUAAACUUUGCGGUAUUUACAGAGUGGCAUUGAUUUACGCGCUGACUGUUCAAUUUACCGAAAAAAAAGAGAUCCCACAAGCUGCAGAAUAUCCUGGAAACUGGGAGCAAACAGUGAAACCAAUGGCUCGGGCUCUGCAGAGUCACAUGGUGACAGAGUGACACACCUGUGUGGAGCCGUGAGGGCCUCGCAGUUGCGCCAGAGGCAGGUAGAGCUGAAGGUCCACGCCGAGGCAGGGCGCAGGUGCGGUACAUGUGCGCGCAAACGGCCUCGCAGCUCUCCGGUCCACGCCAAGCCAUGAAUCGGGAAGAUCAUUAUUACUCCUCUCAGGUUUUUAAAGACUCCUGCGCCUACCAGAGACCACAGGGGGAUGAGUACAGCCACAGCCCGCCGCCCUGCCUCUACAUGAGCAGGCAGGUCCACUCCGUCUACACGCCGCCGUCCAUGGGAGCCCUGGAGCAGGCCAGCCUUCCUGACAUCGCCCCUGCGUACAGUUUAGCCAGCAUGCGGGAGGAUCCAGGUGUGCCUCAGCUCCAGCACCAGCACCAGCAGGGGCUCCAGCAGCAGCAGCAGCCCCUCCAGCCUCCAGGUUAUGGUGACACGGGGGAGCAGAGCAGAUAUCACCUCCCAUUCCCCUGGAUGAAAACCACCAAAUCCCACUCACACACCUGGAAGGGCCAGUGGGCAGGGCCCUAUGUGAUGGCGGAGACGGAGGAAAACAAGCGCACCAGGACUGCGUACACGCGCGCCCAGCUGCUGGAGCUGGAGAAGGAGUUCCUGUUCAACCGCUACAUCUCGAGGCCUCGCCGGGUGGAGCUGGCUCUGACCCUCAGCCUCACCGAGAGACACAUCAAGAUCUGGUUCCAGAACCGGCGCAUGAAGUGGAAGAAGGAGGAGGACCGCAGGAGGGCCAGAGGCGCCGAUCCGGACCAGGACUCCUCCAUCACCUCCGGAGACCAGGGGGAGGCCGCAGGAGGGGUGUCCUCCACCAACGGACCUCACGCCGCUACCACACCUCCUGUUUCCCCGCUGCACGGCCACACUCUCUCCGCGUCCGGGUCCAGAGAGCCCGCGUAGAUGCAAUUACGCACUUAAAACUGGGACCUAAAGUGGCAUUUCAGGGAUCGUUUUACUUUAUUCUGAUGGCAACUUAACAGAAACAGACUUGAAACCCAUAUUUUAAGGCAGCCCUAUUGGGGAGUAUUUGUAUUUAUAAGAUUAGGAGGGUGAUGACAGGUCUCUUUGGAUUUCACAGUCAUUUCUGGACUGAAGGCGCAUUUCUACAGGCUUUGAGAUUGAGAUUUUGGACGCCAGAUGGCAUGCGGACACAGCAAAAUCAAGCAGGGACCACCUCUUUCCCCCAUUAUAGAGGCAGCAACAAGGACUCAGUUGCACAGCUGUUGUAUGGUCACAUUAAGUUAUACAGUGCGUUGUUUUUGACCUCAGACAGUGAAUAUUUUAGGCCACAACCAUGUUAAGAAAUGUACGAAAAUGUUUUAAAAAACGUGUAUUUUCCAUGUACUUGUCCACUUGUUUAUAAACCAAAGCGAUAUCAUGUAAAAUGUUCAGUUAGAAUCAGUGAUGCACAUGUUUUAUUGUUAAUUAUACAGUUUGAUGGAUGAAUAACACAUAUAAUGCAUUUGGAAUAAAGAAUAUAUCACUGCCUUUA